UACAUUGAGCAGGGUGGAGUUAAAGUCCCUCACAAGAUUGAUAGGGUUUUACUCCCAUCAUGUAGAAUUUCCAAAGUUGAAAACUUUAAUGAUAGAAAAAUGUCCUAUGUUGGAAGAAUUCACAACCAAGUUUGCAAAUAUAGAUGCAUUAUUCUCAACUAAAAGGGAGUCUUUCACUGAGUUGAAUGAAAUCAUGAUAGAUAGUUGUGAUAAGUUGGUUUCUGUUUUCUCCUUUAAGACAUUACAAGAGUUGAGAAAUUUGAAGAAACUAGUUGUGAGACAUUGUAACACAUUGAAAAUGGUAUUCAACAUUCAUGGAGAAAUAACUUAUUCCAAUACAGAGGUCCUGCAACAACUUGAUGAAUUGAUUUUGACUAAUAUACCUAAAUUAACUCACAUCAUCAACAAGGAAGAUGUCAAGUUUUGUCAAAACAUGCAAAUCCUACAAGUGAGGCAAUGUGAGUCUAUUAAUUGGUUACCAAUGUCUCUAAUGCUAAAAAGUUUGGAAAUUUCUGAUUGUGAGGCGUUGGAAAAAGUUAUGAUAUUUGACAAAGAAGAGAAAACUAUAAGUAAAGCCAUAUUUUCUCAAUUGAAGUUUGUUUUCCUUGAAAACCUAAUAAACCUCUCUAUUGUCUUUCCUUUUACAUCAGAAUUUCCAUCCCUAGAAACAUUGAAAAUAACAAAUUGUCCCACUCUAAUGACAUUUAUUGGACAGUCCAAUGAGCCGAAAGAUCUUCCAAAAUCCAGGGCUUCAAACUAUUUCUUUCCAAAUUCAUUGUUAUUGGAUAGAUUAAAGGAAAUUUGUAUCAUAAACAAGGAUCUACAAGAGCUUUGGCACUAUAAUUGUCCUCCCAAAUCAUUUUGUAAAUUGGAAAUUUUGACAUUGAGCAAUAACAAAUUGUUGAGUUCCAUCUCUUCUAGCAUGAUCAUAAGAUUCAAAAACCUAAAAAAAUUGACUUUAGACAAAUGUGAGUUAUUGAUCGAAGUAUUUAACCUCGAAGAUGACAAACCAGAUUAUAAUAUCCAGGAAAUACUUCCUCAACUCAAGGCAUUAACAUUGAGUAGCUUAAGCAAAUUGACAUGUUUAUGGAACAAGGAACCUCAAGUUCCAUUUUUUUCCAAUUUGGUGUCUAUUUACAUUGCCCACUGUGGUAUCCUCAAAAGUUUAUUCUCACUUUCUUCUGUCAAAAGUCUUGGGAAACUUAAAUUACUCAAAUUACACAAUUGUGAGAAAAUUGAAGAGGUAAUAUCCAAUGAAAAAUAUGAAAAUGUUUUCAUCAGUUUCCCUUUAAUGGAAUGUCUUGUCCUCAAAGAUCUUCCAAAGUUAGUCAACUUUUGUCAGCAAAAUGGAACUUUCAAUUGGCCUAACUUACAAAUGGUGAGGGUAAGAAGUAUUCCAUGUAUGGAAACAUUUUCAAGGGGUAAUCUCAACACACCACUACUGAGAUCAGUACAUAUAACAUUUACUAAGAAACUUUGGCUUGGAAAUUUGAACAAGACCAUAUCAUAUAUGCACAACAAUCCAGGGACACAUGUUGUAUAAAAGCUGGUAAUACAUGAAGUGGUGGAGCAAAAGAUGUUUGACAAGGUGGCUAUAAUUCGGAUGAGAAAGCAUGGGAGAAAAUCUUAGAGAUGAAAUUUGGAAGGAAUGUUUGGGCUUCUAAUCGUGGCUCUAAAUUCUAAAAGUAAUAAAAAAGAAAAUUGUUUUCAGUUUUAUCAUUU